CCAAAUCCAAACUGAACCAAAUGCUUGCCUUGCCGCCAUGGUGAUGCUCCUUUGGACGUUGCUGGCACUUGGUGCUGGGCAAGGGCUUCCUGCGACAAAGCCCUGUCAGACAAAGAACUGGCACUUUGCGUUUGGAAAGUGUCAUCAGGAGAAGCGGAACAUCUAUCCAUACGCGCUCCGCUGCACACCCGAGCCAAGUACCACCCCCCAGCCUUUGCUGAAUGUCUCCUGUCGGCAGAGCUGCCCUGCUGGGAAACACCUAGGUGUCCAGCUGAAGGAUUUGCAACCCGAACUCCAAUGCAUCUCCUGCCCUUCCGGGAAGUUCUCCCUUGGAGGAGGCUUGUUGAUCUCUGGUGUGGCGGGCGACUGGCACCAGUCUUGGCCAGUGGGUCUUCGGAGCAGCUGUUCCUAUCAGCUUUCCGAUGGCACCUUGCAAACUCGCAAAGGCAGCACUACGGGCCUCUCCGGUGCGUGUGAGCUUCGGGUGCUGGCCCCCGAGUCCGUGUCCGGGACGUACCUUAUCCGCCGCAUGAUCCCAAGCUCCAAGCGUCCAGUUCGCCCAGUGGCACGCAUCAUAUUGGCUCCCGGCGACCGGCGUCUUUGUACACAGCCCCGGCGCAGUGAUCUCGGGGUUCGGCGGCUGCAGUUCUCUGGGCAGCGGCCGGGGCAGGGCACGAAGGAGCAGCCCAUGUAUCAGCGCUUCUGGUUGCUCGCAGCCAUUGGCGGUUGCACGACGAAGCAGAAAAGCCAAAAUGCGGCUGCCGUGGGAGCAGACGGUGUCUUGCUGGCAUCCGCUGCCUCACUUGCGAUUGGCAGUGGCUACUUCAGCUUGCCACCAUCGACCUCAGGUGGGCGUGCCCACAAUGCCACAGCGCCCAGCUUUCUGAUGCUGGAGGAUCGUGAUUCACAGCUUUUAGCGUCAGGUUUGAGGACCUUGAGCGAAACGAUCCUGGUGAAUAACACUGCCCUCCACGCCUGUGCCAAGAUGCCCACAGCCCCACCCCGACGGCCUGGCUUGGAGGGCUCGGAGUAUGGCUGUGAGCCUUGGACCCCCGAUGAGCUAGGCCUUAGCAUCCACUCCGGAGAGAAUCGUGCGUACAGCCGGCUUGUCUCCACCUUAGAGCUGGCGACCAAUAUCGUCCGUGACCACGGCUAUGUCCUCUUCAGAUACCAAGUCGAUUCCGAGGAGGGUUACGAUGGACUCCGCCUGGAGGUGGAUUGGACCGAGGUGAUGCCCCUGGUGUCUCAGCAAUUGACCUGGAAAGAGCUGCGCGUGAACCUCACCCGAGGCGCGCACUUCCUCCGCUGGCAGUACGUGAAGGAUUACAGCGAUGCUUCUGGGACUGACCGUGCACAACUGCAGCUGGUGCAGGUGGUCGGCACGGCCUUCGCGGACUUGGAGUGCUUCCAUUGUCACGGUAGCGGAACUCACAGUGCUGGAGGAGCGGAGCAUUGCAACGCAUGCGGACGGAACGAGUAUUUGGCAGCUGGAGCAUCGGACCUCGCAAAAUGCAAUCCAUGCCCUGUGGGCCGCUGGUCCACCCCGGGCGCCGUGGGUCUGGGUGCUUGCCACCGCUUGGUGAACUGCACGGAGCGCGACGUGGAGGUUUUCCUGACCAAGUGUGUCAAGGGCAAACAGCAGCAGAAGAGGAGUUGGCUUCAGCCCAUCCGCUGUGAUGUGAAUGCCAGCGGCGCGCAUGCCUUGUUGGCCUCUGGCAAGAUCAUGCCCUGCACCACGUGCGAGCCGAACACCGAGCGUGCCUUCAGCGGCAGCGGCGAGUGCCUGCCAAAGAGACUCCCCUGCAUUACCAACCUAAAACACUAUGCCGUCACUCAGCUGUCACUGAGCCGGUGGGAAGAGUGGCCGAAGAACCUCUCACAGAAGGUCGUCACCACCUUUGGAGAGGUCGAGGGCAACGCCAGCAUCCCUGGCGGAUGGCGACUUUGGCCUGACAAUAGCCCUGGUAUCGGCAUAGACAUCGGCGUGACCGGCGAGCUGGAAAGCCGCCUGAACCUCAUGGUGAUGAUGUUGAUGUCGCCAGGGAAGGUGGCCUUCACACUGGAGAUUUCGGGCGGAUGCCAGUGGGGCACCGACGUGCAGUUCCUGGUGGACAACGUGGAAGCCGCGCACCUCUCGGGGCUCAACGUGACCAGGACCUCCAUGGCCGGGCAGUGGCGUAGACUUCAGGUGGAAGUGCCUUUGUGGCCGGGAGAACACCGCCUCACAUGGCGAAGUGCUCAUCCUGUGCUUGCCACGAACAUCGAGCACGUGCGCUUGAAGUCCGUGAAUGUGACCGGUGCCAGAGGAGGAGGUGAUAUCCGAUGCCAAAGCUGUCCGAACGGGACACAGGUGGGCGCUGACAAAAGAAGCUGCGAACGUUGCCCAGCCGGACAAUACGUUAAACAGGACACCCAGAAGUGCACUCUGUGCCCUCCAGGUUUGUUUAGCCCUGCUGCCGGGAUGAGCUGCUACAAAUGCCCUCAAGGCACUUACAGCCUCUCUGGUGCCACAGAGUGUAAGUUGCUGGGGAUCCUGAAGACCACGGAGCCCACCGCCGCAAAGGUGGACAAUCCUCAGGAGGUGGUAAUGAAUGCAACAGCAGCAGUCGCGCACUGGAACCAGGUCACCAAGGGCGUCAGCGGGCCCUUCUUGGUGGCUGGCCGACAAUUCCUCAUCAACCUCAUCAGGCCGAUCGAGUCGGAGGACGGCAGGGCCUUUGUUUGGGAAAUUCCACAGGUCUGCCGCAACCGCAAUGGGCGGCCUGCGACGACAGCCUCAGUUACCCCGAGCUCGCCGUCGCUGGCCAUCCCCGUGGGCAUGCAAUUGACCAAGGUCGAGGCAGUGGCCGAAGGGAACGUCCGUGGUGUACGCUUCCGUUGGACCAAGGAGUUUCAGCCUAUCUUUGAGAACAAAUCGCUGGUCAAACCAAAAGUUGUGGCCUGUGGUGCUGAGGGACGGCCAGAGGCGCUCCAAGUGGCCACGCUGUUGCUGCGCUGCGACCCCACGGCGCGUGACCUUGCACCGGAAGCGAGGAUGGAUCCAAGGGGGAUAGUUCACCUUGACGAUCUCAGACUGGCAGGUGGCGGUACCAUCUUCAACCAAAUGCUGGGCUGCAACAGGGUGGAUUUGGAGUGGUCGACACUGAUGGCAUGUCCUGCUUGUCAGGCACAAGACUUCGCAGCACAGCGCACUGAGUGUGACCAGAACGGCUACCGCCUGGUCAGCUACAAGCUGAUGAGGCCUUGCAUCGGUGGCUUCCGAGCACCACCCGGCUACGAGGAGAGUUGUGAUGGCAAGGAUGUGAGGAGUGUCGUCAAGGGCGUCGAAGAGACGGUGAAGCAGAAGUACCCCGUGCGGGCGGUUGUCUUCGCCAUUGCUACGAUCCUGCUUGGCUGCCUUCUGGUGUGCUAUGCCAGCCACCUGCAUAGGAGGUACCGGCAGCGCUUUCUGGAAGAUGGUGGGCUUUGAGGUCGCUGAAAAGGGCGUGGUGAUGGCAAGGAAUUGGGGAACAGGUUCUUCCCAACUUCAGGUGCACACACAUGAGAUACACCUUGAGUGCAUCUUCGUUUGUGUCAUUGAUGUGGAACAUUGAAGGCCAAGUGGAAGUUUUCCGUCACUUGUUCGGCUUUGAUGUCUUUGGACGGGUACCUGAUCUGGGGCUGUUAUUGUGUCAGUGAUUCUGGAAUGUAGUUGCUCAAAUGUGGAUGUGUGCGAAACCCAUAGAACCAGAAACGGGUUUGGGAGGGCGUAGGUAGUGUUUUUUGUUGAAACCAACAGCUAAUUACUGAACAAAGCCGACCACAAAGAAUUCCCAGGGUUGUUAGGUAGUGGAGAAUACCCUGAUUCUCCCAAAUCAAUGAUCUCAGAGCCAAUACUCACUGCUUGAUACGCUGCAUGUGUGUGGCUGCUGAGCAGAAAUGACA